UUAUGCCUCAUCUUAUUACGUCCUCUACUACCUCUGACUGUGUCCUCGAGAUCUGAGCUCCCCCGACAUUUUCUUGUCCAUCUUACUUCCAUUCCUUCAUCUUUCCCCUCAUCCAAACAGACCCAGUGCUUUUGCAUGCCCUGUUUGCCUUGCCGCCGAAGCACAUCCAAAUUAUCUACGUAUAGAGCCAUACAGUUGUUUGAAUUUGAUCGGUGGACCCAAAAAUUUGAGAGAACAAGAGGAAGAUUUUCGAAAGCAGAGACAUGGCGGCUUACAGAGCCGACGACGACUACGAUUACUUGUUCAAGCUGGUUCUGAUUGGGGACUCGGGGGUGGGAAAAUCGAAUUUGCUAUCGAGGUUCGCCAGGGACGAGUUCAGCCUCGAAUCCAAGUCCACAAUCGGCGUCGAAUUCGCCACUCGGAGCAUCCGGGUCGAGGACAAGAUCGUCAAGGCCCAGAUUUGGGACACCGCCGGCCAAGAAAGAUACCGUGCAAUCACAAGUGCAUACUACCGAGGAGCUGUUGGUGCAUUGCUCGUCUAUGAUGUCACGCGACACAUCACAUUUGAGAAUGUAGAGAGAUGGUUAAAAGAGCUCCGAGACCACACAGACUCAAACAUCGUAGUAAUGCUCGUAGGCAACAAGGCAGACUUGCGUCAUCUACGCGCUGUCUCCACUGAGGAUGCCAAAGCCUUCGCCGAGAGAGAGAAAACCUUCUUCAUGGAAACGUCUGCCCUAGAGUCUCUGAACGUAGAGAAUGCAUUCACAGAAGUUCUUACCGAAAUAUAUCACAUUGUCAGCAGGAAAACUCUUGAUAUCGGGGAUGACCCCAUCGGCCCUCCCAAAGGGAAAACCAUCAAUGUCGGGACCAAAGACAAUGUCUCGGCUGCAGAAAAAGUUGGCUGUUGCUCUACCUAGCGGCCAGAGUAAAGGAUAUGUGACCUUCACAGAAUCUAACCUUCUCUCGAGUAGGCGAGCACUCAUCCAUUUUAGGCCAUGGGCUCUGUGUUCACUGCCUCACCUCUGUUUCAAUGGUUGGGAUAUAUGCUGGAACCUAUUCAAGACUGGUUCAGUUUGGAGCCUUUGUAAAGGAAUUGGCAAUGAAGACUCUCCCGGUUUAUUACCGUACUUAGUUCGUUUUCUUUCAUCUUCCAAAGUUAGUUGGGUUGUUUCGGAAUAUGCUUUCUUCCAUAUGUAACAAUUUGCUAGUUAUCUUUCAACACUAUAUGAUUGAACAGUUCUUAUAGACUGUAAAGGGUAAGCUUCAACCUCCCCUUUGCCAUCUGACGUUUCUAUUAUCUUCCCACUCAAAGUGAAGAACUGUUCUUUUGCCUAGAAAAAGAAAAAAAAAACUGUUAUUUUAUUUUGACUUGAUCUUUUGGGAGAUCAAAACAGAAACUC